AUGUGUCCUUCCCAGGAUACAACCUUGACCGCUUCGGCAACCAAUGUUUUUGAGGAUAUUUUUCUCGGACAUAAUGCCACACAAGUGAUUGGCUCAUCAAAUAGCAAUCUCACAACGGCAAAGCAGAUUACUGUCGAACCAGGGGCUACACAGUGCCUUGGAGAUUUUGCGGAUACGACGGUGCAACAAGUCCUCAACAAUCGCUGUCGUGAACCGAGUCCAGCUGUGAAAACACGAACAAAUACCGCUGUUUUUGAGCGACAUCAUGGACUCGGACACCCACUUGGGUCUGCCAGCGCAGCGAUUACAUAA